AUGACUAUCCUGCCAUACACCACCCGAGCGGCUGAGAGCAGCAGCCAAGAUGAGUAUACUGUUCUCGAAGAGCCACUGGGUGCCACCCGUCAUAUUCGCAUUGCUACAAUCGGGGCUGGAAUCAGCGGUUUGAACAUGAUACGGGCUUUGCGAAAGACAAUGUCAAACUACGAGCAUGUCGUCUACGAGAAGAACCCGGAGGUAGGAGGUACUUGGUACGAGAAUCGCUAUCCCGGGUGCCAAUGUGAUCAUCCCUCGCACAACUACCAGUUUACUUGGAAGCCAAAUCCGAGAUGGUCGCAGUUUUCUGCGAAGAGACCGGAGAUCCAGGAGUAUAUUCUUCGCUGCUGCGAAGAGGAAAACAUGCGUCCUGAAAUAAAGCUCUCACACCAAAUAGUUGGCGCCUGGUGGGAUGACGCCGCCAGCCAGUGGAGUUUGAAAAUCCGCAAUCUGGUCACGGGGGCAAUGGUGGAUGACCAUUGCGACUUUCUUCUGAACGCUACCGGGAUUCUGAAUAAUUGGAAAUGGCCGAAUAUCCCGGGACUAAAUGACUUCAAGGGAGAUCUUGUCCAUAGCGCUGCUUGGAAAGAGGAUUUCCAAUACCAAGGCAAGCGAGUUGCUGUCAUUGGAAAUGGGUCUUCGGGGGUGCAGAUUGUGCCGUCGAUUCAACCAGAUGUCGAGAAGCUUGUACACCUUAUCCGCUCCCCAACUUGGAUAGCUCCUCCUCAAACCGAGCGAAUGCUGAAAGGGGCAUCUGCUGAGGUCAUGAAGUCGGCGCGCAUGGAUGGUGAAAAGUUCACACCAGAGCAAAUAGAACAUUUCGAGCAGGAUCGGGAGUAUUAUCGUUCUUUUAUCAAGGCCACAGAAGAGCAGGUCAAUGCUCGCUUCCGAACGAUGGUAAACAACGAUGGACUUGCAGAUCAGCUACAGCAGAGUCUUGUGGCCCAUAUGAGAGGUGCUCUAAAGGAUGACCCCGACCUUAUCCGAGCAGUUAUCCCAACUACCUUCCCUGCUGGCUGCCGAAGACUCACCCCGGGUCCGGGAUACCUCGAGUCACUCAGUGCCACCAACGUGAGGGUUGUUACAGAAGGUAUCCGAAAAGUCCUACCUGGCGGUAUUGAGCUCAUUUCGGGAGAGUUUGUGGAAUUGGAUGCCAUUAUCUGUGCAACUGGAUUCGACGUCUCAUUCUGCCCGCGCUUCCCCAUUGUUGGGAAGAAUGGUCACAACCUGCAAGAUAUUUGGACCAAAAACCUCCCUGCUGCUUACAUGUCCUGUACUGUUGCCGAUAUGCCGAACUAUUUUGUGUUCAUGGGCCCCAAUGCACCGAUCGGCCAUGGUAGUGUGCUCAGCAUUGCGGAACAAGUUGCCAGGUAUAUUGUGCGCAUGCUCAAGAAAUGCCAGAUCGAAAAUAUCAAAUCGGUCACUGUUCGCGCCGAAGCGGUUAGGGAAUUCACCCAGCAUACGCACACUUUCCUUCCGCGGACUAUCUGGGCGGGCAAUUGUCGCUCGUGGUACAAAAAUGGAACUAUUGAUGGUCCCAUCACAGCUUUACAUCCUGGAAGUCGAAUUCACUGGUUCCAUAUGAUGGAAAUAUUCCGCCCGGAGGAUUAUGAAUUUGAGUAUCAAUGUCCAGGAAAUCGAUUCCAAUUCCUCGGAAAUGGCUUCUCUGUCAGAGAGGGCGCGAAGAACCCGACGUGGUAUUUGGAACAGCUGGAUGACUUCUCGGAAGCUUUGUUUCCCAGUUAA